AUGGCCAAUCUUGACGACGAACUUGCUUUGUUCGAAAGCGAGUUGGCUGAGCUCGAACAGACAUCAAGUGACGCAACAAACACAGAAACCCACGUCGGCUAUGAUAAUGCGACGAUAUCGGCUGGCCCGACGUCUUCUGAAUCGUCAGCUCCGCCCGUUUCAAAUCCUCCAGUUGCUCCACAACCUCUUCUAGCACCUCCUCCAUAUGUACCACUAGUGGCGUCUCCAUUCAUUAAUCCAGCUCUUGGGAGACUUCCAACAAUGCCGCCAGUUCCACCAUCGUUGUUCAUGCCUCCACAGUUGAGAGGUCCACCGGUGAUGUUCGCGCCUCGCUCCCUCGGAAUCCCAGCUCCAGCGACUAUCGAAGGUGCUCCAGCACUCUACGAGACGCCCGCAGUCAACGCGAUUCCUCAGGAAUUCCUUCGUACUCAAGCCCUCCAGUCAGAUAUCGAUAAAAUGAAUUUCAAGAAGCAAACCGAUCCAUUCAAGAAGAAAAUCAAGGAGCAACAAGCGAAAAAGAAGUUUGUGAGAUCUGGAGGAGGACAAGUGUGGGAGGAUCCAUCGCUCGCCGAAUGGGAUGAAAAUGAUUUCCGCGUUUUUUGUGGAGAUUUGGGAAACGAGGUGUCGGAUGAGCUGCUGGCAAAGGCCUUCCGAAAAUAUCCGAGUUUUCAAAAAGCGAAAGUUGUCCGAGAGUCGAGAACUAACAAAUCGAAGGGAUACGGAUUUGUGUCGUUCAGGGAUUCAGAAGAUUACGUGAGAGCAAUGAGAGAAAUGGAUGGAAAAUAUGUGGGAAAUCGACCGAUUAAACUGAGAAAAUCGGCGUGGAAAGAGAGAAAUAUUGAUGUGAUCAAGCAGAAGAGGAAGCAGAAGAAGGAGUUGGGAAUUCUAUAA